AUGCAGAGUCAGCAACAAGAUCUGAAAAAAAUCAAUUAUUUUAUAAAAAUAUAUUACAAUUUCUACAGUUACCAAAAACUAAACUUAUGCAAUCUCCCAAAGAGAAUGUUUACAAAUUUAUAAAUGACAUUGUCUUGAGCCUUAAAUGGUGUAGGACCAAGAAUCUGGUUGCUCUGCAGCACCAUCAACAAUUAAACGCAUCUGGCAAUCAUUCAAGAACUCAAUCUCUGCAGCAAAAAGGGAACAUUCUCCAGAUCAAUCAAGUGAAUCAAUUCCAUAAUAAUACACCUACAAGUGUAACCCAGUUACUGAUGCAGCAGGGUAACUUGAACUCACUUGGAAGCUCUAUGAAUCAGUUUCAGUUUGGCUCUGCGACAGGGUUACAAAACUCAGAUUCGUCGUUAUUAAUGAACACUUUUCAACGUAGUCUGAUGAAAUCUAGGCAACAGUAUUCGCCUAGUCAGGCACAACAGGGAAUGUCAUUACCUUCUCAAAUUGGUUUUGAUUCAGGCCUGUUGCCCCCUUCUUCUGUUGGAAUUCCUCAGCACAAUACUACGUUUAGCACUCAACAGAUGCUUACCUCCUCGCCUGGGAACAGCUUCAAUAAUUUAGAUUUUACUGUCAGGUCCCUUACUCAAAAUCCCACUGUGACUGCAUCUCAGCAUAACAGGCGACAAGAUCAAAACCUAACAGUGCAGAAGAACCUGAAGCGACCUAUGCAGCAGAUGCUGACUGAAAGAAACAAGCACCAGAUGGUAAAGAAAAUGAAUGAAGAGACAAAGAUGGCUCAGUUUGCAGGAUUCAAUCAAAGAAUGCUAGUGAAGCAUCACUCAUCGGGCCAACAUUUAGAACAGUAUCGACCAUUGUUGCAGUUGAGUUCUGCCCCUUACCAGGGAGCUUCUCCUCAAAGCUCUCAACACUCCUCUACACAGUUUGAGCUUAAGGAUUUGUCGUCCAAACAUUCCAGAUCUACAACACCAUUGCUAUCCACUGCCUCACUGUCUGCAGUUCGUUCUCCUCUGACCCCAGUAACUCCAUCUUCUUUACCAACAAAUCAAGAGAAGAUUCUUGUGUGCUUUAGUCCACUAUCCAUUGAAGAGAAAAACAAAGUUACUCAGGCACCUAUUGAACUGUCGUUGCUCCAGUCACAAAGCAUAAGUGAAAAUCAAGUCCCUGUCUCUGUUUCACAGGAGUUACCGAAGUCUCCUUUGCUCACAGAGUCUACAUGUCCAGUUGACUAUCAGCAGUCACGUGCUAAAGCCGACCCAGUGCAGCGAUUAGUUGAAGCGGUCAAGUCAAUGUCACGAAAAGCAUUACAUGCUUCUGUACGGGAUAUCAAUGCGGUCACCUGUAUAAUCGACAGGAAACCUGGAAGCAUUCUUCAAUGUGGAUCAAGAUGGAUCAUUGGCCAGGAUUUGGCAGAUGAUACUAGAUCUUGUGAACAAGGGAAAUUCGACAUGUUAUGCGUGAAGACAAGGAUGAAGCGGCAACUAAGGGCCAUAUCUGCUGAUGAUAUGACAUCUGCUUUUUGCAGAAGUGCUGAUUUUGAAAGUGGCCAGACAUCUCAAGUGGAAUUUAAUGCAACAUCUAGGAUCAAGAGACUAAAAAAAGAGCCUAAUGAUCUGCUACUUGAAGAAAUCAGAGAAAUCAACCACAAGCUUAUUGAAACGGUGGUGGAUGUUGUAGAGGUGAAAGAUGUUUCCCGUGCUGAGGGAACCGUCGUUAGAUGCUUAUAUAAUGCUGUUCAAUGCAAUGGGAAUAUUAAAAUGCUCAGUGCUUCUACGCAAAUGUUUUCAAACCUGAUUGUGGAACUGCUUGUGACUGCCGAAUAUCCUAAUUCUUCUCCUGUAAUCCUGGAAAGAUUGCCUCCCGGUUGUAGUGAAGCUGAAGAAGUUAAAGUUCUGUGGAAGAAAGCGAAGUCAAAUUUCAGUUUAAUGCUGCGGAAAUUUUCCCAGCCUAUCUCCCUAAAAGAAAUGGCCAAAACUUGGGAUGUUUGUGCUCGUGAAGUAUAUCGUGAGUUCGUACAGAAAUUUGGAGGCAGCGACUUUAAUUCAACAUAUGGCAAGUGGGAGAAUUGCAUUGUUUCUACGUAAUGCUCGUGCAUUUCCCGUCCCUGCAGAAGGCUAUAGCCUCUGGUGGACGCUAUUUAGAAUUUGUAAAUAUUGAAACCAACUGUGUUUAUCCUUUUCUUGAAACAAUAACUACAUACAAGCUUUAGUGCUCGCAAAAUCCAUAGUUUUGAAUGAAAACUGUCUCGACUGAGAACAAGAAACACUGUGAUCGAGGCCGAGAAUCAGCUCAGGUAUACCCUAUAAAAUUAGAUGUUUAAAAACUAGAAUAGAACCCGGUGAACUGGCCAUGGAUUGACUAGG